CUUCACCUACAAAGAAGUUUAUGUUGGCAUUCAGAAAGAAGAAAUCAAGUGCUGUGGGCCCUGUAACUCAACAAGAAAAACCAAAUGUCUUGAUCACAAGAAAAGUAUCAUACGCUCAAGCCAAGAAGCUUUGGCAUCAACUAUUGACUCAUAAAAGAAUGACCAAGACAGCUACUAUCUUGUUUGAUUCACAUGAACAUCUAUCUCCUCCUCCUACACCACCGCCCAAGAAAUCACAGACGAUGCCUGACUUGGUGGGCUAUACAGACCAUUGGAUGGACCGCGCUUUACCUCAUUUACCUUAUGAAGAAGAAAAACACACAAGUAGUCUUUCAAGAACGUCUACUUGGGUAGGCAAGUCUAUUCAACGAUGGAUAAGUACCUACAGUAGCAGUGUUAGCAGCAGUAGUCUUAUGAGCGCUGCCAGUAGUACAAAACGAUCCUUGUUUGGUAAAUCAGGAGAGAUAUUCAUGGGCAAAUCUGGUCCACUGUUACUUGACCAUUCAGAACUGCAUGAAGAAGAACUGGAAGAUGCUACAAGACACUCAUUCUCAAGUUCCUUGUCACCUAACUAUUUAGCAGAUAAAAUGACACUUCAUUCAAAGGUUUUACAGGUGACAUCUCUUGGUUCUUCUGGCAGUUAUCAAUAUCAAAUGGAUAUCCGCGUUACAAAUAAUCCUGUUCAAACACACCAUGGCAUUAUGCGCAAAGCAGCAAAAGAACAAAGCAUGUGCCAUCCUCGUACGGCUCUUACAUUUCAUGUCCAAGGUCGUUUCCAAAUCGAAUGUUGCUUAACUCUAAAACCUUAUAAAUCCACACAUACGUUGAUGAAGCGUCUUAAGUCACUUAAAUCUAAAUCAGACUUGUUCAGGCUAGCGAAUAUGGAACAAGGUGAAGAACAACGAGUAGAGGAGAAGAAAAAGGAGGAAGAGGAGGAGGAGGAAGAAGUAGAGGAGGAGACCAUUCAAGCCAGGCUUGUUUUAGACUCAGGAGAAGAAUUGCUCUCUAGUUUUGCUAACAGAGGCAUAAGCCGAUACACACUUCAAACAUCGAGCUCCGUUACAAUAGAGCUCACCAUGGUAUUUUUGCUUGAAACAUUGGAAGAAGAUGACGAAGACGAAGAUGAAGAAAAAGCAUUGUAUACGCCUAUUGAUCAAGAUGUGCUCAAUUACUGUGUAUCAGGGGACUAUUUAACUUUCUAUGUCAAGGGCGAAUAUCAUCCAACAUGGAAUAGAUAUUGGGUUACUUUUGAAUCUCACCAAUUAGUCCUAAGAUUAAAUGAACGAGGAAAAGGAGAGCCUGUGACACGAUUCCCGCUUAAAGAGCUAAAUCAAGUCAACAUUAAUCCUUCAGAAGACACUCUAGAAGAAAUUUACUUGGGAAAGAAACAUGGCAUGAUUCUAACAUUUGGGAAAUAUAGCAUGUUCCUGUUUGCUGAUAACCAUGCAAGUAUGCGUUAUUGGAAAUGCUUGCUUGAACAAUAUGCCAAUGCCUACAUACAUUCUAUAAGCAAAAUUCAUAAAAAAUACCUAUGGCCAUCGUCGGUGGCGCAGUGAAAUCGUUUUUUUAAUUGGAUAAUAAAAAUUUUCGAUGGUUGAUUCCCUAUUAUGGUUUUCGAGCUAAACAGGCAGACAGGCGACGAU